GCACACGCGCGACACUGUAGCUGGCCCGCCCAGCUCGCUCCCAGCCCAUCUGCUCUUGCUCGCUCCGCGCCUCGAUCUCUCCCGUUCCCGUCACCGCGCCGCCGGCCGCUAGCUAGGAACACCCCCUACGGCCCUACCUCCCGGCUCCUCGGCCCUCGCCGGCCGCCGCGCUCCACGCCUGGAACUCCACACCCCGUCGUCUCGCCGCGCCGGUUCCGGCGACCGGGACUAGUUACUGACACGAGAUUAAGCGUAACCUGCUUGACCGCCUAGCUCUCUCAGCAGCCCGUGUCGCAGGUCGGCACCGGGGGGAUCAGCUGGGAUUUAGCCCUCCAUGGCUGACACCAAUGCAUCGGCGGAGGCGGAGGCACGGAGCAUCCUUGAGCGCGCUGCGGAGUCCUCCUUCCCGCCGCUCCACGCCGUCCACCACCUCCUCUCCGUCGGGGCCUGUGUACGCUGCAUCCUGCGCCUGCUCGGAGCCUAUAGCAGUGCCUGCUCGUGUGCAUCACUUACUUCAUCAGUUUUGCAUUCCUUUCUUGAGGAGCAUGAUGGUUCCAUAAAAGGAGGGUCUUGUUCAUGUCUGUCAGCAGAUGAUUCAUACUGCUCUGUUUGCUUGGGAGUAUUGCUGCCAGCCUGGCAUCGAGAUGAAGGUCUAGAAGUGCCCCAUAAUGAAAGCAUCUCUUCAAUGAUAUCUCGAGUAGUGCAAAAGGAGGGUUACCAAGUUGGCGAGUUCUCUCUAGAAAUCUCACUGCCGCCAGUGAUAGCUGCUAAUGAGUGUGCUGUUAGAUUGUACAUGAAACAAAAAUUUGGCAAUGAGAAUUGGUUCAAGGACAAAAUGUUUCCACAACAAACCAUGUCAGUGAAGGAAGCCUUGCGACUGUUGAUAGUACCAUUACUCGAAAAACAGAUGAAUGCUAAAUAUGGUAACAGUUCAUUUAGAAUUCGCUUAACAUAUACUCAUGGUGAUGCUUCACAAAAGCUUCAUAGUUUAUUGCCGAAUGAGAACAACCGUAAAAGAAAAGCAGAUUCAAGAAACGGAGGUGAUACUUCGAAUGAGGCGCAUAAAAGGAAUUCAGCAGAUGCCAACAAUAAACAAAUAAGUGAAUCAGAUUCAUUCAUCUACAAGACUCUUGAGAGCAUCCAAGAUCGUGAAUUCUGUAAUUUAAUUCAGUUGCCUCCUGAAAAGGUGUCCAAACCCUGCCAUCUUGUGAUAUCAUGCCUGAGAUCACCUAUAUAUAUUGGUGGAAGAUAUUUGAAGCUUUCAAGGAAUGUCAGUCAGUCAUGUUGGAUAAUAGAUGAUGAGAGAAUGGGGGAAGCUUCAGUUGAGGAGAUAAUUGGGGGGAAUGUACGUGCCAUCUGCAGAGUUGAUAGAUGCAAGUUCCAUGCUGCUGGAAGAGAAGACAUUGAUGUACGGAUGCUUGGAUCUGGUCGUCCAUUUCUAGUUGAAUUAUUGAAUGUUCGGUCCAUCCCAUCUGAAAUCGAAGUUCAACAAAUUGAAGACAGAAUAAACAACUCUGAAAUGAAAUAUGUCAGAGUUCGAAAUCUCAAGUUGGUAGGCAAUGAAAUAUGGACAAUGAUGCGUGAAGGAGAAGCAGAGAAACAGAAACAAUAUGCUGCCCUUAUAUGGACUUCUCGUGAAUUGGUGGAAAAUGAUCUGCAUAAUAUUUCUGUUACAAAGGAGAUGGAGAUUGUACAGAAGACCUCAAUAAGAGUACUUCAUCGUAGAAGCCCAUUAGAGCGAAAACGUAUUAUACACUGGAUGGAAAUUGAGAAAGUUGCUGGCGGCUCAAACUAUUACUUGUUGCAACUAUGCACCCAGGCUGGAACAUACAUCAAGGAAUUCGUGCACGGUGAUCUUGGACGCACGCACCCCAGUAUCGGCACCAUAUUAGGUUGCAGAGCUGAGAUUUUGCAACUCGAUGUCACUGAUGUUAAGAUGGACUUCCUCCAAUAGAAGCUCGUGCUCAAGUAGCCAUGCAAUGCGGCAUUUACAAGCACAGGAGCGAGGGUGCCAAAAUCUGCUUUGUUCGUUGCCCGUACAAGCUCGGCUAUAUUAUGUUGGAGAUGUACAACAGAAUUAUAUGCACACUGAGUAACACUGGCAAUGCACGACUAUUGUCAUGUAAUGCUGUUAAACUAAUCCGAUAAUCUCCAAAUUGCAUUAUUGA